AUGAAAUACAGAGUAAAAGGCAAGAAAAGAUGCCAGCGGAGCUCCAUGUCUGAUUCGGAUCUUAUGAAGAGCGGGGGAGCAGCCAACAGGGGCCCCGAAUGCAAGUCCCCUCCGACUCAAAGGGUGGAGCUGCUGAGCCCCUCCAAGGUGAAGGACCGCACUCAGAACGUCACAGAGAAGGUGACACAGGUACUUUCUUUGGAGUCUGAUGUACUGCCUGAAUACAAACUCCAGGUGCCAGAGACAACAUGGUGGAUCUUACUUCACUACAGCCCCUUCAAGGCUUUUUGGGAUUGGAUUAUUCUCCUCCUGGUCCUCUACACAGCUGUUUUCACUCCCUACUCUGCUGCCUUCCUCUUGGAUGAACAUGGGGACGUACAUCAAAGGAGCUGUGGCUACACGUGUGACCCUCUUAAUGUGGUGGACCUUAUGGUGGAUGUACUGUUUAUUGUGGAUAUAGUCAUCAACUUUCGCACCACCUAUGUGGACCACAACGACGAGGUGGUCACGCAGCCAAGCCGGAUAGCCAAGCACUAUAUCAAAGGCUGGUUCCCCAUCGAUCUGUUUGCAGCAAUCCCUUUUGAUCUCCUCGUUUUCAGAUCUGGCUCUGAUGAGGUAAGAACUAUGGCAACUUUAAUUGGCCUUCUGAAAACAGCUCGGCUGCUGCGAUUGGUCCGUGUGGCAAGAAAGCUGGACCGCUACUCUGAAUAUGGGGCUGCUGUUCUCUUCUUGCUUAUGUGCACCUUUGUGCUCAUUGCCCAUUGGCUAGCGUGCAUUUGGUACGCCAUCGGCUUCGUGGAGAGGCCGUACACAGAGACGGGUUGGCUGGACAACCUGGCAGAGCAGCUGGGCAAGGCAUACAACGACAGUGACUCCACCUCUGGCCCAUCAAUCAAAGACAAGUACGUCACAGCGUUGUAUUUCACCUUCAGCAGUUUGACCAGCGUGGGCUUUGGUAAUGUCUCUCCAAACACCAACUCUGAAAAGAUCUUCUCCAUCUGCGUCAUGGUCAUUGGCUCUCUCAUGUAUGCCAGCAUAUUUGGGAAUGUGUCAGCCAUAAUCCAGCGGUUGUACUCUGGUACAACUCGCUACCACACCCAGAUGCUGCGGGUCAAAGAGUUCAUCCGCUUUCACCAAAUCCCAGGUGACCUUCGCCAAAGGCUGGAGGAGUACUUCCAGCAUGCAUGGUCCUAUACGAACGGCAUCGACAUGAAUGCUGUUUUAAAGGGUUUUCCAGAGUGCCUGCAGGCAGACAUCUGUUUGCAUUUGAACCGAUCUCUGCUACAAAAUUGUAAGGCCUUCCGUGGUGCCAGUCAAGCCUGUCUACGUGCCUUAGCUAUGAGGUUCAAGACGGUCCACGCUCCACCAGGAGAUACCCUGAUCCACUCUGGGGACAUCUUGGACUCUCUCUUCUUCAUUUCCCGUGGAUCCAUCCAGGUCAUCAGGGAUGAUGUGGUGGUAGCCAUAUUAGAAAAGAACGACAUCUUUGGCGAGCCGAUCCACCUGUGUGAUGAGCCAGGGAAGUCCAGUUCAGAUGUACAUGCCAUCACCUACUGUGACCUUCACCGCAUCCUGAGGGACGACUUGCUGGAAGUCCUGGACAUCUAUCCGAGCUUUGCAAACAACUUCUGGAGGAACUUGGAGAUCACCUUUGACCUUAGAGAUGCUGAUCAGGUUUUGCCAGUAAUAGCAGCAGAUGAUUCUGGUGAUGACUGUGGGUAUCGUCACAGGCCAAGACACAGAGUCCACUCCCUGGAUUGCCGAAUCAGGCCAGAUGGAAUGGAUCAUGAAGACUCAAACCCCCCUCAGUCAUUCCGUCAUCGUCACUCGGCUCCGCAGCCGCACUGGGAUGACCACUGCAGCUGUGGAUCGCCGUGCUCCCAGUCUAGCGAGGACCUGAGUAAGCCCCUUGCACAUGUAGCCAAAGUGGAGUUGUACCCACCAGAAGAUGCCAGGCGCGAUUACUCCCCCUCUGUGGUGCAGCUGCUGCCCCCUGGUGGCAACUCGAUGGGGAGGGAAACAGUGUUGGACAGGGGCCAUUCAUAUGUUUCCUCAGGACCAUCUUUGAAUGUGCCUGGAAUGUAUCGUUACUGGCCAGACCGACAGCAGCAACAGGUGUCCAGUCGUGCCUGGCGAUCCUCUUCUGUCCGCAACUCGUACCACCCCCCACCUUUCACAGAGGAGAGGCCCAGUGAACUGGAGUCUCGACUAGAGGUUUUACAGUCACAGCUCAACAGACUGGAAACUCGCAUGACAGCCGACAUCAAUGUUAUUCUCCAGCUUCUCCAGAGACAGAUCGCUCCCGUCCCUCCUGCCUACAGCACUGUGUCAUCUAGUACUCUCCCUACUGACUCACCUGGCCUGUAUGGGACGGGGACAUCAGUGUUACACACCAUGUACCCCAUCUCUCCUCUACAGAUGGACAGCCGGGCAUCUAUGCAGACCCCUGCCCAGCCUGACCUUAAAUUCACCAAGAAGUCCCAGGAGUCUCUGUCCAGCGGCAUCCACGUCACCGUGGUGUCGGACGAUACGAUGCCCAUGUCUGUCACUCCUGAGACGGAGACCCACGCCAGGCUGGCCCACAAGUUGCGCCAGCCGUCGGUCAAACCCUCCCUCAUGGAGACCACCGGACUCUGCGACAGCCUCCGCUACCCCUCUCUGCCGGGGAACCUGGACAUCGCCUCUGGACUGGCUGAGAUCCAGAAACACCUCUCGGACCCUGUGCUGCCUGUCAUUUGACGCUCAUUUGAGCACCACACUGACCCGUCCUGGUUCAGCAGGCGACAAGGCGUGGUCAACAGCAGAGCCUCAGGAUCUUCUGUAUUCAGGAUGUUUUUUCUAGUACUUCAUGACUAGAGGGAGGAGCUGUUUGAUUAGUGUUGCUCGUUAUCGUCCAAGGCUAUCUUGGGUACACAUUUGCACAGCAAACAGUAAAUGGAAUACAUAAACAUCUCAGGCAAAGUUACCACAGGAUCACAGUAAAUCAGAGACAGUUGCAAAGAAGGUUUUAAAUAAUAUCUACUGUUUUUUUUGUUUUGUUUUGUUUUUUUAAAUGCCAUCUCCCCUUAUGACUGAUAAGACACAGCUGAAACACGUUAUGGUACUUUUUAAAUGAUAGUGACUAACUUAGUAUGUGGGACAAAAUGUUAACACUUUUACGGACUAGCUCCUCUCUAAUUAUCCAGGGUUCCCACUCAGUGUCAAAUGUAAAAUUCCCAGAUUUUUCCAUGACUAAAAUAUUGCUUUUCCAUGGUUUAUACAUUUUUACUAUUUUACUUGACCAGAAUUUUCUAAAAAUACCUCAGAUUCGAAUAUUUUAUUAAUAUAAAAGUUCUGAUUUAUUCUGCAGGGAAGUGAACAUACUGUAAACACUACAGCAAUAAUUAUUACAUUUGAUGUAUAAUCAGUUACGCAUUUUAUCUUUAAUGAAAAAAAAAUAUUUUGAGAAAAAAAAUUCUGAUAUUCCAUGACUUGUCAUUAAAUUCCCUGAUUUUUCCUGUGAGGAAUAGAUUUCAAAAUUCCUUUACUUUCUGUAUAUUCCAUGUCCUGUGGGAACCCUGAUAAGAUAUGAAAGUUACUGAAUAAUGAACUUAAGACAAAUUUUUUUUCAACACUGGAUAUACACUCAGAACUAAUUUCGACCCAGUCAUUU